CGUUCCGGCUUCGGCUGGGUCGGUUGCACUUGCCACCAGGGGGGGGGCUUCCAGUGCGAGGCGGCUCAUCCACCCCAUUCGCACCUCCAGGCCGGGUCCCCGCCUCGCUGCCGCCGCGGGCCGAGAGAGGAGGAGCUCGGGAGCCGCUUUGGCCCGCUGCUCCAGCUGCCGCCGCUGCUCCUCUUGGCAAACUACAUCUCCCAGACUCCUCUUCCCUCCCUCGCCACCGCCUCCUCCUCCUCCUCGCACCCGGAGCACAGCCCGGCGGCGGCGGCGGCAGCGUCAGCAGAAGCCGCACCAGCUCAGCCCCGACGCCGCUCCUUGCGCGGGGGAUCCCGGCCGGAGUUGGGCAGGCGCAAGCGCGCGGGGCAGCCCGAUAAUUGCACUCUGGGAUUGAAUUGGACAGGAAAUGAAAUGACGGGUGUUCUAAUGAAGACAAAUGCCUUUGUUUUAAUGAGCAAUUGAGAAAGACCCAGUUAUAAGGAGCAGGACCCAAAGCUAUAGACAUAUGUGUGUAUAUAUAGAUUUCACACCUCUGCAGAUAAGUUGCUAGAUUCUCUGUUUUGGAAAGAGGUUCUAAGAUAAGACAGGACCAUGUACUCAUUUCUGCCAGAGAACUUCACUCCUGUGAAGCCAAAACCAGUCAAAGAGUUGAAACCCAUGAUUGUUGCCAUUGUGCUGGGCCUCAUCCUAUUUAUUGCCGCAGUGGUAGCCUGGUGCUACUAUGUGGCUUCUCUUCGGAAAGCAGAGAGGCUGAAGACAGAACAGAUGGACUUACGGCAGGAUGGCUUCACCAUCAAAAACCACGAUGGAGAGAUCGUCUUCAGGGUGGCCUUCCAAUCGGGCAUCCUUGACUUGGAGUCGUGCUCCAGGGAAGGUGCAAAUUUAACCUGCACCAGGACUGACAAAGGGAAACUCAAUUUCUUCAUAAAGAUUGUCAACCCCAAAGACACCGUGAUGUGCUAUCGUGUCCGUUGGGAGGAGUUUGUAGCAGACACGGUCGUUGAGCACAAAAUGUUCUGGGGGGAUGCCCACUGGUAUGGAGGUUGCGAGAUGAGCGUACAGCACUGGCCAAUUAUGCUCCCAGGAUACCAGGAACCAAUGCCAUUUGUGACCAGCGAUGUGUAUUCUUUCAGGAACAGCUUUGGGGGCAUCCUGGAGAGGUACUGGUUGUCCUCCAAAGCAGCAGCCAUCAAGAUUAAUGACUCGGUGCCCUUUCACCUUGGGUUCAACGCCUCUGAAAGGUCCCUUGUCUUCCAAGCCAGGUAUAAAGAUUCUCCCUACAAGCCUCCUUUGGGGCAGCAACCUUUCCCAGAGCUGAGCUACCGUGUCUGUAUAGGUUCUGACGUCACUUCCAUCCACAAAUACAUGGUGCGGCAUUAUUUCUACAAACCUUCUAAGAUACCCUCAGAAAAUGCCUUCAAGUAUCCGAUCUGGUCAACCUGGGCCUUGUACAAAAAUGACAUUGACCAGGAGAAACUGCUGCGCUUUGCGGGAAAGAUUAAAAAGUAUAAGUUCAACUGCAGCCAUAUUGAAAUAGACGACACUUACACGCAAGCCUACGGUGACUUUGACUUUGACCCAGAAAAGUUCCCUAAUGUGACAGAAACGUUCAAGAAGCUCAGAGAAGAUGGGUUUCAGAUCACACUUUGGACACACCCAUUCAUAAACUACAAUUCCUCCAACUUUGGGGUGGGAAUAGAGAGGCAGCUUUUCAUCAAGGAGCCAACAGGGAGGCUUCCUGCUAUGGUUGAGUGGUGGAAUGGCAUUGGCGCCAUAUUGGAUUUCACCAACCCUUCAGCCAGGGAUUGGUUUCAGAGCCACUUGAGGCAACUCCGCAACAAGUAUGGCAUAUCAUCCUUCAAGUUUGACGCAGGGGAGAUUAGCUACCUGCCAAAGCAAUUUAGCACCUUCCGCCCCUUGUCAGAUCCCAGCAUUUGGUCUCGGCGCUACACAGAAAUGGCCAUCCCAUUUUAUGAGCUCGCUGAGGUCAGAGUUGGCUACCAGUCUCAGAAUAUCUCUUGCUUCUUCCGGAUCAUUGACCGGGAUUCCGUGUGGGGGUACGAACUUGGGCUGAAGUCCUUGAUACCCACUGUACUGACUAUUAGUAUGCUGGGAUACCCUUUUAUAUCGGCUGACAUGAUUGGCGGAAACUUCUUCCCCAACAAAACAGAUGGGGCAGUAGAAAUCCCAGACCGAGAACUCUACAUCCGAUGGCUGGAGCUGUCAGCCUUCAUGCCUUCCAUGCAGUUCUCCAUCCCACCCUGGCUUUAUGACAAAGAGGUCAUAGAAAUUGCCCUGAAGUUCACAAGGCUCCAUGAGUCUUUGGUUGCCCCCCUCUUGUUGGAGCUGGCCGGGGAGAUUACCGACACUGGGGACCCCAUCAUACGCCCCAUCUGGUGGAUUUCUCCCAGUGACGAGUCUGCGCACAAGAUAGAUUCUCAGUUUCUCAUUGGGGACACCCUGAUGGUGGCUCCUGUCUUGGAGAUGGGCAAGCAAGAGCGAGAUAUUUACAUCCCAGCGGGCAAAUGGCGCAGUUACAAAGGAGAGUUGUUUGAAAAGACACCCACCUUGGUGACGGAUUAUCCUGUUGAUUUGGAUGAAGUAGCUUAUUUUUUGUGGGUCUCCUAACUGGUUUCCACUGCUGCCACCAGCUUUUAAGCUAUGUGAAAGUCAACCAUGCCUUAUUCUAGGAUUGUAACAACAAAUAAUUCUAAUCCGUUAAGGAGGCGGAAGGGGGAAACUGGAAAUGACUCUACAAUAGCCCCUUAAAUAUGCUAUAAAGGUCCAGCUUCAUUUGUGUGAUCUAGAAAUGCUGGGAGAAGGCUAACAAUGUCACAGGAUUUGCACGUUUGAGGAAAUGGUCUUUGCAGCCUCCCCUUGGGAAGCCCAGAACUACCCAGGUCCUCUCUCAGUUGCUUGAUAUGCACAGACUCAGAAGUGUUUCUUCCAUUGUUCAAGGUGUGACUCUGGGGCACUUGUAAUGCCCGAUGCGGUCAUUACAAAUCCAUCUCUAGUGCCUCAGACUGGAUCGAAGUCACAGGCUGUUAGCUAAACGGUCCAGGCUGGAUCUUUCUGUAAGCUGUGGGGAGCUGCUCCCUGCCUUUUUGUUUUUCCAGAUACGAGCCAAGGGACCCUUCACAGCAGGAGCAACAACGCUUGUCCUCCCAGGGGAUGGGUGUUUCUCCAGGUGCGGACGUGUUCAGGGUCACUAUAGGACAACUAGCCUUACGUUUUACAGUGCAGUAAGCUAUUAUUUGAAAAAAAUUCUUUUUUUUCCUGCAGAGGAUAGCUCCAGUGUAUGGUAGGCAUAGAUAUACAUAUAUCUUUUUCUCCUUGUCUGAUGUUAGAUGAGGCUGCAGCACACUUUUAGUUCCCAAGCUGGGCAGUUUACUCAGCUCUGGGGCUUUUGAACUGAAGACAUCUCAGCCUUUCCUCUUGCUGCUAGCCUGCUGUCUUGCUCAGGCACCUGCUGGUUAGCCCCCCCCCAAAAAAACCCCACCUCCAAUAUAUGGAUAACAUGUUUGCACCCACAGCAACAGAUGUGUUUAAAAGGGUGUUUUAAAACUGUUCAAGCCAUUCCUUUCUUAUCUGCAUCUCCUGCUGCUGCUGCUCCUGGGAUAUUUUCAAAGGUGCCUUUGCAGUUUUGUUGUCAUUUGAAGAAUUACUUUCAACUCAUCAACAGUUUCCAGGAAGAGCAUCAGACUCCUCCAGACCAGUAGUGUAGUGGCAAAUUCAGAAGUGCACGGUCUCUUCAUGUUAGUCACAGCCACAUCCCCUUUUUUGCUGCUGGAUUGAGAAUGAGAUCCUCGUUAAUGCCUUCUUCCACAACAACAGACAUCCCUAGGAGCCAAUAAGCGUUAAAGAGGAGCGUGUUAGCUUCUGAGAAGACUCUUCUCAGCGGCUGACUCACGUCCUUUCACUCUGAUUGGCUCCAAUCAGCAGGAAAGUGGCUAGCACACUCCCAUUUCAUGCUAAUUGUCUCAUAGGAUGCUGAAGACAUAGGGACCCUGCUCCCCAAAAAGUAAAGGGUCUAAGACCCCCUGAGACCCUGGACGACUACACCCCUGCUCCGGAGAGACUGCAAGCUCUUGUUGGCAGCCCAUAUGAGGCUACUGGAGGGUGGGAGGUGCAGAGGAUCAAACCUUUACUGCCGAUUUUCCUAAUAAAGGGCAAGGAAUAAAACAGUUAUUCCUGUGCUAAGCAAGGCUGUGCUAGAUGGGGAGGUAUGUGUUUUCUUUUUCCAGAAGACAACUUGAAGCAAAUGCAGCCUGGUGUGGUGUUGCUGUGGGUGGUUAUUGCUGUUUUCAUUAGAAUUUGAUAAGGGAAAUCAUUCUCUCAAAGUCCACUGCAGUCAGUUUUUUGGGGAGUGAGGAGGUAGAAUCUACUGUGCAAAAACUCCUAUUCGGCUCCCCAGAACUGGGCCAUGCUUAGAAAAAUGGGCUAGUCCUAGGAUCUCCCCGUCUUUCCAGAGUGGUAGACUCCGAACAUCAUAAGGACUUUCCCUCCAGUUUCUAUGCCCUCUCCUUGUACGUAUUUAGCUUUAAAGACUCUCAAUCCUGAGAAGAAGGACAUUCUGUGUUGGAGAGAAGCAUGGGAGAUGGCAACCAGGGCCAAAAACAGAAUGUGAAGAAACUGAUUGGUAGGAUAUCCAGGACAGAGCAAACAGCAGAAGAAGCCCUUCACAUAAGAAAGAUUAGUAUAUGGUAAUCAUUGCCACAAGGUGUUUCAAAAGCUUAAAUCCCUUUUAGACAUUCAGACAUUCAUGGAGGGCAGAUCUCGCAAUGGCUAUUAGUCAUGAUGGCUAAGUGGAACCUCCAUGGUCAAAGACAGUAUACCUCUGAAUUCCAGGUGCUGGGGGAACGAACAUUGGGAGGGGCUGUUGCCUUUCUGUCCUUCUUGCAGAUUUCCCAGAGGCAUCUGCUUGACCACUGGGGGAAACAGGAUUCUGGACUUACCUGGCCCUUUGGUCUGGUCCAUCGGAGCUUCCUUGCACAUCCGCACCAUACAUGUAAAGCACCUUACUUUCUGCAAAGAAUCGUGAGAACUGUGGCUCGUUAAGGGUGCUGGGAAUUGUAGCUCUGGGUAGGGUAAACUGCAGUUCCCAGGACUGUGGUGAUGGGGAAGCCAUGUGCUUUAAAUGUGCAUUGAAUGUGCUUUAAAUGUGAGGUGUGGAUGUGACUAACAGUAGAAGAGACAUCACCUAAAAGCCAAGGCAGAAGUCUUCAGGCAUUGUGCUUGUUUAUUCCUGCGUCUGCCCACUUCCCCUGUAAGGCAGGGAGCGAAGUUUGGUCUUUACAAGAAAAUGGGUUCAUGAAUGAGGGAAGCCGAACCCUCUCCCCUCCCCACCCACCCCUCUGCCGUCUUUUGCUUCAAUCAGUUUUGUGCCCAUCCUGACUCAGUUUCCAUGUCGGAACUGGGCUGGUAGAAAAGCACCUGAUGUGACAGAGCACUAGGUUGGGGUGGGGUGGGGUUAAAGCAGGAAAGGGGAGGUUGAGAUAACCUGAGCACUCCUGUAAUUUUUUUUUAAAUCUCCCAGUUCCUU